UGAUUUUUCCAUGAUAUCCUAUUACAUCUUAGUUCAUACAUAACUAUGGCUCCGGUGAACAUAACUUCAAUCAAAACCGCAUCAAGUGGCUUAUUGCAAGGCGACAAUCCUCUAAACUUCGCCUUCCCACUCUUAAUCGUCCAAACCACCUUAAUCAUUGUCGUUAGUCGUUUCCUCGCUUUUCUUCUCAAGCCCCUCCGCCAACCAAAAGUCAUUGCCGAAAUUGCAGGUGGAAUAUUGCUUGGACCGUCAGCCUUCGGACGAAACAAACAAUACCUACACAAAAUAUUCCCCUCAUGGAGCACCCCAAUCCUCGAAACCGUGGCAAGCAUUGGUCUUCUGUUUUUCUUGUUCCUCGUAGGCAUAGAGCUCGACUUAAGCUCGAUCCGACGUCGUAGUGGCCGAAGCGCUGUCGGCAUAGCCCUCGCCGGCAUAUCUGUCCCUUUCAUCUGCGGCAUCGGAGUUGCCUUGCUCCUCCGGAAAACCAUCGACGGAGCUGACAAGGCUGGAUUCACCCAGUUCCUUGUGUUCAUGGGAGUGUCCCUCUCCAUCACCGCUUUUCCUGUUCUCGCCCGCAUUUUAGCGGAGCUCAAGCUUUUGACCACUCGGGUUGGCGAGACUGCCAUGGCUGCGGCGGCUUUAAACGACGUCGCUGCAUGGAUCUUGCUGGCGCUGGCGGUGGCCUUGGCCGGUGAUGGUGUUGGUGGACACAAGAAGAGCCCCUUGGUAUCUAUCUGGGUCUUCCUCUCAGGUCUUGCUUUUGUUGCUUUCAUGAUGGUGGUGAUCCGCCCCGCCAUGAACUGGGUGGCCCGCCGCAGCUCCCCGGAGCAAGACUCAGUGGACGAAGCCUAUAUCUGCUUGACCCUAGCCGGAGUCAUGGUGGCCGGGUUCGUGACAGACCUAAUUGGGAUUCAUUCCAUAUUCGGAGCCUUUGUGUUUGGCCUAACAAUUCCAAAAGGAGGACUGUUUGCAGACAGGUUGACACAGAGGAUGGAAGACUUUGUGUCUGGUCUGUUGCUUCCGCUUUACUUUGCUUCAAGUGGGUUGAAGACGGACGUGGCGAAGAUCAAGGGAGGAGAGGCGUGGGGGCUGCUGGCUCUGGUUAUAUCCACGGCCUGCGCCGGGAAGAUCUUGGGAACGUUUGUUGUGGCUUUGAUGUUUAAGAUCCCUGUUAGGGAGUCCUUGACGCUUGGUGUGCUCAUGAACACCAAAGGCUUGGUUGAGCUCAUUGUUCUCAAUAUUGGCAAGGAGAAAAAGGUGCUUAAUGAUGAGACAUUUGCUAUUCUAGUCCUCAUGGCACUCUUCACCACCUUCAUCACAAGUCCUCUAGUGAUGGCCAUUUACAAGCCGGCACGUGGCAUCUCAUUGCGCCCUCGCCGCAAGCUAGGUGACCUCUCGACCAGCGAGGCCUUCAAAGACGAGCUUCGAGUGGUCGCAUGUGUUCAUGGGCCUCCCAAUGUGCCUUCACUGGUUGGCCUCAUUGAGUCCAUUCGGAGCUCCAAGAAAUCCCAACUCAAACUCUUCCUUAUGCACCUUGUGGAGCUCACUGAACGCUCUUCUUCCAUUAUCAUGGUCCAAAGAGCUCGAAAAAAUGGGUUCCCCUUCUUUAAUCGGUUGGGCCGAGGCCAGCUGCACGACAGCAUUGUCGGGGCUUUCCAAGCCUAUAGCCAAUUGGGUCGUGUCUCGGUCCGGCCCACGACUGCAAUUUCAGCUAUGUCCACAAUGUAUGAAGAUAUAUGCCACGUGGCCGAAGAUAAGAGGGCGGCGAUGAUCAUCUUGCCCUUCCACAAACAAUUGAGGUUCGACGGUGAUGAUCAGGAGACAACGGAGAUUGUGGGCCAUAGUUGGAGAGGGGUCAACCAAAAGGUGCUUCAAAAUGCACCGUGUUCGGUUGCAGUGCUCGUAGACCGUGGAUUUGGUCGCCCUAGAUCACAAACUCCUAAGCCUACAACCAUCCUGACCCAACGGAUAUGCAUUAUUUUUUUCGGUGGGCCUGAUGAUCGCGAGGCCUUGGAGUUGGGUGGUAGGAUGGCCGAACACCCAGCAGUUAAAGUGACGGUUGUGAGAUUCGUCGAGAAAGAGGGCUUGGAGAGUAAUGGGCCUCAUGGGCUUAUGUUAAAGCCCUCACCCUCCAAGUCCAUCGAUAAUAGCUAUAGCUUCUCCACAGCUAAAAUGGACAGAAAGAAAGAAAAGAAACUGGAUGAGGGUGCAAUGGCUGAGUUCAGAAGCAAGUGGGAUGGGAAAGCAGAAUACAUAGAGAAAGUGGGAGCCAAUAACAUUAUAGAGGGGGUGUUGGCCACAGGACGAAGUGGAGAUCAAGACCUAUUGGUCGUGGGAAAAGGGCGGUUCCCAUCAGCCAUGGUAGCAGAAUUGGCAGACCGGCAAGCAGAGCACGCGGAGUUAGGCCCCGUUGGAGACAUGUUGGCCUCAUCAGAUCAUGGUGUGGUCUCAUCAGUCCUUGUGAUUCAACGACAUGACGUAGCGCAUGCCGUGGAGACUCCCAUGUCGAAGAUAGUGCACCAUGAAUACGAAAGGUUCGUAGCAGAUGAAUCUUCCAGCAAUGCGCUUGAAAUUUCUAAGGAAUCGGUGUUACCACCAACCAUGGAGCUCAACAUAACCACUAUGAGAACUUCAUCAGAUGGGGCUUGGCAAGGUGACAACCCUUUGCACCAUGCCUUCCCAUUGUUGAUAGUUCAAACCACUCUUGUCCUCUUCGUUAGCCGCCUCCUCGCCUUACUUCUCAAGCCACUCCGCCAACCUAAAGUCAUCGCUGAAAUAUUAGGUGGGAUUUUGUUGGGACCAUCAGCACUUGGCCGGAACAAACACUUCUUGCAGAUCAUAUUCCCUUCAUGGAGCACCCCCAUACUCGAAUCCGUAGCAAGCAUUGGCCUUCUCUUUUACUUAUUUCUUGUUGGCCUUGAGCUUGAUCUGAGCUCCAUUCGCCGCAGUGGCAGAAAAGCCAUCACCAUAGCCAUUGCAGGCAUUUCCGUCCCCUUUCUCUUCGGAGUAGGGGUCACAUUCCUCAUGCGCAAAGCCAUCCAUGGGGAGAACAAAGUGGGCUACGCUCAGUGCCUUGUGUUCAUUGGGGUAGCUCUCUCCAUCACCGCUUUCCCUGUCCUCGCACGCAUCCUAGCAGAGCUCAAACUGCUCACAACUCGCGUUGGCGAAACAGCAAUGGCAGCAGCAGCCUUCAACGACGUCGCUGCGUGGAUAUUGCUGGCAUUGGCCGUGGCCUUAGCCGGAGGGAACCACAAAAGCCCCUUAGUAUCCCUUUGGGUUCUAAUUUCAGGUGUUGCCUUUGUUGCUUUUCAGCUAACUUUGGUCAGGCCCUUCAUGAACUGGGUAGCCAAACGCAGCACAUCCAAUGAUGGCUUAGUGGACGAGGCCUACAUCUGCUUAACCCUAGCCGGGGUAAUGAUAUCCGGGUUUAUGACAGACCUCAUCGGUGUCCAUGCCAUAUUCGGAGCUUUUGUUUUCGGGUUAACGAUCCCAAAGGGGGAGUUUGCAGCCAAACUGACCAAAAGGAUUGAAGAUUUUGUGUCUGGUUUGCUUCUCCCUCUCUACUUUGCUUCAAGUGGAUUGAGGACGGAUGUGGCUAAAAUUCAAGGGGUCAAGGCAUGGGGACUGUUGGCUUUGGUGAUAUCAGUGUCCUGCACAGGGAAGAUUUUGGGAACGUUUUUGGUUGCCAUGUUGUGUAUGAUACCAGUAAGAGAGUCGUUGGCUUUGGGUGUGUUGAUGAACACCAAAGGGUUGGUAGAGCUCAUUGUUCUCAAUAUUGGAAAGGAAAAGAAGAUUCUAAACGACGAGAUGUUUGCUAUUUUAGUCCUGAUGGCACUUUUCACCACCUUCAUGACAACUCCAGCUGUGAUGGCCAUUUACAAUCCCUCGUGGGACGUCAUUGCUUCUCCAACUCCCCGUCUCUUACAUUCUCCAACCAAAAGCUCAAAGAAACAGAAGGACCUUCGAAUCCUUGCUUGCAUUCAUGGCCCCGGAAGCGUACCCUCCCUCAUCAACCUCAUAGAGUCAACCGGAACCGCCUUCGAAAACUCACCGCCACUCAAAGUUUACGUCAUGCAUCUUGUUGAGCUCACUGAUCGUUCAUCUUCGAUUAUGAUGGUACACCGUGUUCGAAAAAAUGGUUUUCCCUUCAUCAACCGCCUAUGUCAAGGGGUUUCGCAGGACCAAAUCCCGGCAGCAUUUGAGGCGUAUGGUAGAGUUGGUCAAGUCACCAUCCGCCACACGACGGCCAUCUCGGCAUUGUCCACAAUGCACCAGGACAUACUCCACGUCGCGGAAGAAAAGAGGGUGUCGAUCAUCAUCUUGCCUUUUAACAGACAGUGCAGAACAGAUGUUGAAGAGACGAUGGAGAAUUUGGGCCAUGAUUGGAGAGCGGUCAAUCAGAGGGUAUUAAGCAGUGCAAAUUGCUCGGUGGCAUUGUUUGUGGAUCGUGGAUUUGGUGGCAGACCUGAGAGGCGUGGAGCGCCCUCAAGUGCCACCAUUUCGAAGAGGGUGUGCGUUUUGUUUGCGGGUGGACCCGACGACCGUGAGGCUUUGGAGUUUGGAUGGAGACUGGCGCAUCCAAGUGUUAUGGUCACAGUUGUGAAGUGGAUUCAGGUUGAGGGAACAGACAGCUUGGAGCAGAGCCAUGAGAGGGAAGUUGAUGAGGCUGCAGUGGCAGAGCUGAAGAGGUCUAAUGAGUCAGUGGAAUACAUAGAGAAGGUGGUGGCCAGCAAUGUUGCAGAGACGGUAGUGAGUAUAGGUCAGAGCACAGAAUACGACCUGGUUAUCGUGGGGAAGGAGCAGCACCACCCAGCCAUGGUUGCAGAACUGGCUCACCAGCAGCUGGAGCAUGCUGAACUGGGACCAAUUGGAGAUGCAUUAGCUUCGUCCUCACAUGGGAUCUUGUCCUCCAUACUUGUGAUACAAGCACCACGAAGUAAAAAAUGAUUUGAUCGAAGGCAGUUGGAGACCAGGAUUUGUAAUUGUAGCUAUGUAAAUUAGUUUGUCAUUUGGCGAGGCAGACUCCACAUGUUAAAAAAAUUACGAAUAAUGGAGUUUAGUUCAAUUUUGUUAAUAAUGUUAGCAGAUCGAUCAAUGCAUUUGCUAGUUUUAUCUCCUUGUAAGGGUAUGUGAAACAAUUAAGGCAGUAGAACAGAGAAGAAGAAAGAUACCGGGUUAAGAUUCGAGAGGCAGAAUGUAGUUUUUUCUAUUAUGCAAACUAUUUGUUCUUGGUCU